AUGGUAUACCAGGAGUGUGGAUCAUCUUGUCCUAAAAAAUGCUCAGCACCUUCUGCAACCUGUGCAGAUCAGACUUGCGUAGAUGGUUGUUUCUGUCCUGAUGGUACCGUUCUCCAUAACGGGCAGUGUUUUGUGCCUGAUCAAUGUCCUUGUACCCACGAUGGAAAAGAUUAUCAGCAGGGAGAGAUGAUUCCUCAUGAAUGUAACACAUGCAAAUGUCACAACAGAAAUUGGAUGUGUAAUGAAACAGAAUGUCCAGCCAUCUGCUCCAGUUUUGGUGAUUCCCACUACACGACUUUCGAUGGCAAACAUUAUGACCUUCUUGGAAACUGUGAUUAUGUUCUCGCCAAAUCAUUGGAUGAAAAUCGAUAUCCUUUUGAGAUCAUCACUGAAAAUGUCCCUUGUGGUUCAAACAGAGAAGUCUGUACCAAGGCCAUUCAGUUUAAUGUGGGAACUCCAGGAACGUCCAAUUUUUACCACCUCAGUCUAAUCAGAGGUCGUCCCAUUGAGGUCGAUUCAAGGUCACCGUUUGAGGUGAAGAGUGUUGGUAAUUUUGUUUAUGUUACCAUACCAGGGGGAGUAACUCUACAGUGGGACAGAGGUACACAAAUAUAUGUUCAAUUAACUGCUGAACACAAGGGAAAGGUGGAAGGAUUAUGUGGAAAUUUCAACGGAAAUACACGAGAUGACUUCAAAGGUCGUCAAGGUGGGCCUCCUUUAAUCAAGGUCACCGAUUUUGGCAACGAAUGGAAAGUUCAUGAUUACUGUCAACCUCCAAUUGAAUAUAUUGACACAUGUUUGAAGAAUGCUGGACAAAAAGCAUGGGCAAAGCAAAAAUGUGAUAUUCUUUCUAAUAAAGUGUUUGAACCCUGUCAUUCUUUGGUGGAUUAUCACACAUUCCAUGAUAAAUGUAUGCUGGAUGCAUGUGCCUGUGAUAUUAAAGGGGAAUGUGAAGGAAUAUGCACAACGGUUGCAGCAUACGCACAUGAAUGUGCUGUGAAAGGAACACCAAUAGAUUGGAGAAGUUCUGGUUUCUGUCGUAAGUUUAAAGUUUGUAAUUAUAGUUUUGUAACUCAAAAAAACCCUUUCUUAAAAAAACUCUUCUUUCUUUUUAUUAGCACAUUAGGUAUAGUACAUAUUUCAUUUCAUUAG